AUGAGUCAAGAUCCCGUGUACUAUGGCAGAUCAGUCAAUAAAGUAUACAACCAAGAAUUCAUUAUCGAUCGACGAUUCAAAAUUAUCAAGGAAUUGGGUCACGGGGCAUAUGGUAUUGUUUGCUCAGCCAAGUAUGAUGAUGGCACUAGUACUGACCCCAACGCCAAUCUGUCUUCUUCAGCUGAUGGAUCGUAUGUAGCCAUCAAGAAAAUCACAAACAUAUUCAGCAAAAAGAUUCUAUGCAAACGGGCAUUGAGAGAGAUUAAAUUGUUGCAGUUUUUUAGAGGACACAAGAAUAUCACUUGUCUUUACGACUUGGACAUUAUUCCUAACCCAUUGACGGGUGAAUUCAAUGAGAUUUACCUUUAUGAAGAGCUAAUGGAGUGUGACAUGCAUCAAAUUAUCCGAUCUGGCCAACCAUUAACUGAUCUGCACUAUCAAUCGUUUAUAUAUCAAAUCUUGUGUGGAUUAAAGUAUAUACACUCAGCCGAUGUACUACAUAGAGAUUUGAAACCAGGUAAUCUCCUUGUCAAUGCUGACUGUGAAUUGAAAAUUUGCGAUUUUGGACUUGCUAGAGGGUUUUCAGAAAAUCCUGAACAAAAUCAAGGGUUCAUGACAGAAUACGUGGCAACUAGAUGGUAUCGAGCACCAGAAAUCAUGCUUAGUUUCACCAACUAUACAAAAGCAAUUGAUGUAUGGUCUGUUGGAUGUAUAUUGGCCGAGUUACUCGGAGGCAAGCCCCUCUUCCGUGGUAAAGAUUACGUUGAUCAAUUGAAUCAAAUUUUGAUGAUUUUGGGAACACCACCAGAGUCAACAUUGGUCAAAAUUGGUUCACAAAGAGCACAAAAUUAUGUUAGAUCUUUACCAAUUAUGAAAAAGAUUAGCUACAGACAUCUUUUCCCCGAUGCCAACCCAUUGGCAUUAGACUUGUUGGAGAAAAUGUUGGCAUUAGAUCCACACGAGCGAAUUAGUGUUAAUGAAGCAUUGGAACAUCCAUACUUGGAAGUAUGGCAUGACCCAAGAGAUGAGCCUGAAUGUCAAGUCAAAUUUGAUUUCAAAACAUUUGAAACAUUUGAAGAAUUAGAUGAAAUGAAACAACUAAUAAUGGAUGAGGUUAGAACAUUUAGAGAUUUCGUUAGAAAACCAAUAGAAGAACAACAACAAAUACAAUUACAAAUGCAAAUCCAACAACGGGAAAACCAAGAGCUGGAAGAACAACAAAGACAAAAUAGAGCUAUUGAUGUCAGUUCAUCAUCAAACAUUCGUGAAGCCGAUUACCCUAAACCACAAGAAUUGAAUGACUUUUCUUUCCAAAGUCUUGAAUCGAACAAUUAUCAAUACGAUUCCAGAGAUGCUAGUAUGAGUGGUAUAAACUUGAAUGAUUUCCCCAACACGCUAGGACCUGAUUAUUACAAGCUCGAGGAAGAGCUAGGAUUUGGACUUGAUGGAAACGCAUUUGAUAAUUUUAAUCAAUAA